AUGGGACACAAAGUGGUCGUGUUUGACAUUUCUGUCGUCAGAGCCUUGUGGGAAACUCGUGUCAAGAAGCACAGAGCAUGGCAGAAGAAGGAGGCCGAGAGGCUGGAGAAGAGCGCACUGGAGAAGAUAAAGGAAGAGUGGGACUUUGUGGCCGAGUGCAGGAGGAAGGGCGUGCCCCAGGCACAGUACUGCAAGAACGGCUUCGUGGACACCAGCGCAAGGCUCCUGGAAAAGAUAGAGAGGAACUCCGUCGCCAGGCAGAGUGCAUGGGUCAAGGACAGAGACAAACGGAGCAACCCAUUCGUGUUUGAACUUUCAGGGGCACAGUGGAAGGAGCUGCCUGAUUCGCUGAGAGAGCAGACACAUCUCAAAGAAUGGCACAUUCACAGCACCCUAAUUCAGACCAUUCCUGCAUACAUCGAGCUGUUUCAAGCGAUGAGAAUUCUGGAUUUGCCGAAAAACCAAAUCACGAGUCUUCCAGCUGAAAUUGGUCGCUUAAAGAACCUGAAAGAACUCAAUGUGAGUUUCAACCAUCUGAAGAGUAUUCCCCCUGAGCUGGGAGACUGUGAGAAUCUGGAGAAACUAGACUGCUCUGGGAACCUGGACCUGAUGGAGCUCCCCUUUGAAUUGAGUAACUUGAAGCAAGUGACGUUUGUUGAUAUCUCAGCAAACAAGUUCUCCAGUGUCCCGAUCUGUGUCCUGCGGAUGUGCCGUCUACAGUGGUUGGAUAUCAGCAGCAAUAAUCUGAGUGACCUGCCACAAGACAUAGACAGGCUGGAAGAGCUGCAGGGCUUCCUCCUGUAUAAAAACAAGCUGACCUACCUUCCUCAAGCCAUGCUCAACCUCAAAAAGCUCACCUUGCUGGUUGUCAGUGGGGACCAUCUGGUGGAGCUCCCGACCGCUCUCUGCGAUGCCUCCAAACCUUUAAAAUUUGUAAGCCUUAUGGACAAUCCUAUUGAUAAGACCCAAUGUCAAGACAGCGAUGAAAUAAUAGAAAGUGAACAGGACCGUCAGCAUUUUGACAAAGAGUUUAUGAAAGCAUACAUUGAAGAUCUUAAAGAAAGAGAAGCUGUUCCCAGUUACACCACUAAAGUGUCGUUUAGUCUUCAACUUUGAGUUGACCCACCAGAAGACCACAAAAUCUUGCUGCCCUGUGCUCUACAUCUUUGUAUAUGUGUUACAUCUUAUAGGAAUUGUGGCUUGUGCUUAAGAACAAAGUCUAGAAACUACAUCACUGUUAAGAAAAUAAUUUUCAAAUUUCAAAUAUGGGAAGACUGAUGAAUCUGCUUAUGUAAUAAUAAUAGACUAAUUUGCAUAUACUUGUUCUAAGUAAUGCACAUUUAAUAUUUUAGGAAAUACAUUCUUUAAAAAAUGUAGCAUAUAGAACAAGUUUUGAAAUUGGAUGCGUUAUUUUCAGGACUCAAGGGCUAGAGGGUUGUAAAUGAAAGAGAAUUUACCACCUUGAAAAUGUUUUAGUAUACUAUUUAUUUUUAAUGAGAAUAAUGCUCCUUGAGUUUAAACAAGUUACUAUUUCCACAUUUUAAAUUUAUUUUGGCAAGUACAUUUAAAAUUGUAUUUUAACUCUCAGGAGAGACUGAAGGUAUAAUUUGGGUCUUGAGGGUGGAAGGAAGGGCUGGUAGUGGAGUACAUUGGGCACUGGAUGCUCAAAUGAUGUGGGCCUAGGGAGGUCUGAACGAUGUGCUAGGGAGCCAUCCUGCCCUGACUGGUUACCUGGUAGAGCUGGGACAUCACAACAAAAACCAGAGGCAAUGCCCUCAACGCUCAUUCCUGUAGGUGGCCUGGUGAGUGAGGAGUCCCCACUGAUGACCCCUAGAAGGGCUUCUAUGUGGGAACCAUAGGAGGGCUCUGCCCACUGGAGUGCAGCUGGGGACGAGCAGGAGCCCCUGGGAUGUGAAUUUGCAUUGGUAAAGGCAGGGCUCGCUUUUGGGCUCUGCUCUUGUAUCCCAUUACACCACUGGAAGAACUGUAUAAAGCUUCUAUUUUUAUACCAGUGUCUUAGAUUAAAACAGACAGGAGGUGGCUGGUUGUCUUGAAGACAGGAGGAAAAUGCACAGGUAUCCCUUGUGUGUGUGUGGACUCCUCCCUGGGGUAGUCCAGGGCACCCGCUGCAGCCUUUGCAGCGGGGAAGCAUUCUCUAUCUGUGUUAUUAGACGCCAUGCCGUCCAGACACGGAACACUUGGUGUCUGAUGACCCUGGAAAACUAAAUUUUAAAUGCAGUGUACUUCAAUAGCCGCUGUGGCUGCCAUGCUGUACGGCAAGGCCUAACCUGUUGGCUUGGGGUGGGAAGAGGUUAUCUGUGAUUUAAAAAAGGGGGGGGGGUGAUUUUUACUUUUUCUUACCUGAAGAACUGAUUUGCUCUCAGAAUCAUCUAACUUAAAAAGCUCACCACAUUCACAAUUAAUUAAAACAAAACAAAGGUGAAUUAAAAACCUAAAACAAAGGGUUAGUAGGGCUGGGAGAUGGCUCAGCAGUUGAAGUUGUUGCUACCCAGAUCUAAGGACCAGAGGAAGGAUGCUGAGAAACCCAUGGAAAUGUCAAGUGAGCAUGGUGGCCCACCUGUAAUUCCAGUCCUGGGAAAUGGAAACAGGCUGUGUUCCAGCAAACUGGCUAGGUAGCCAAGCCCACCGGAAGCUUUUGUUUCAAAUAGGAGACCCUGGCUCAGUAAAUAAAGUGAAAGAUGAUAGAUGAUUCAAACUCAGGCCUCUCCACGUGCACGUGUAUGCACACACACAACACACACACACACACACACACACACACACACACACACACACACGUGUGCCCUACACACAUG